AUGUCGUGGUCCUCCUUUGUGCAGAAGGCUCAAUCACUGAUUGACCCUGCCAACUUCAAUAUCCCUUCCCUCUCCUCCGACAACCACAAUCCCUCCAAAGCCUCCCUCUUCCGCCAGCAAUUUCGCCUGCCCGAUUCUCAGAAUCCCCUGCAGGAGAUCACUGCCGACCUCGUCCUCCCUCUACCAAACACUGCCAGCUCUGGAGAAGGUCCCCGCAAGGUUAACCGGCCAGGUAAUCGGUAUACUGGGCGUCUGCACCUCAGUGAGCGGUUUAUCUGCUUCUCCACACAGCCAACGAGCUUCCUACCCUCCUCCACCCUCAGUGCGUCGACCAAUUUUACCGGACAAACGCACGGCACUGGCCCUUCCGGCAAUGGCUUCACGCUGCCCUUGUCAUGUAUUCGCCGCGUCGAACGACUUCACAGCGCCAGCCAUGUUUUCUCCCUGGCAUUGACAACAUGGAAUGGGUUGUUGAACAAACAGCAGGAACCCAACUUUGUGCCUCAGCGCCUAAUUCUACAGCUUGUCGGUAGCAGACAAGCUUGCGAGCGAUUCUGCGAUUGCCUCAAGAAAGGCCUGAGGGAAGGCAUGAAGGAAGUUGACAAUUUGCGGUCUGUCGUUUCGGAUUGCUACUCAGAGUAUUUGCUUUCGGGUGCGCGGGGGAAGCCACUGGAGGAGCAGGGGGAGAAUGCUCGUCCGCCCCCAGAUGCAGGGCUGGGCAUGCUCUUCCGUUAUCCUGGCGAUGCGCGCAAGCUCCGGGACCGUAGCAAAAUGCGGCUUUGGGGCGAGUAUUUCCGAGAAAACGGCCGCAAUGCCACGCUUGUCCGGCAACCCACAUUUCAUAAGCUGAUCAGAGUUGGUUUGCCGAAUCGAUUGCGUGGAGAGAUCUGGGAACUUUCAUCCGGUUCUUUUUUCCUUCGCCUCCGCUCACCCAAGCUAUACCAGGAGACAUUAGCCCAGUUCCAGGGCCAGGAAUCCCUUGCUAUUGAUGAGAUUGAAAAAGAUCUGAACCGCAGUCUACCAGAGUAUCCGGGAUUCCAGAGCGAGGAGGGUAUUGGUCGCUUGCGUCGCGUUCUCACAGCAUACAGCUGGACCAAUGCCGAAAUUGGAUAUUGUCAAGCCAUGAAUAUCGUGGUCGCAGCAUUGUUAAUAUAUACGUCCGAAUCUCAGGCAUUUUUCCUACUCUCCAUGCUCUGUGAUCGUCUCCUUCCCGGAUACUACUCUACCACCAUGUAUGGUACUCUUCUCGACCAAAAAGUGUUUGAAUCUCUCGUGGAAAAGACCAUGCCAGUUCUUUGGGAACACCUCGCCAAGUCCGAUGUACAGCUUUCCGUCGUUUCUCUUCCGUGGUUCCUCUCCCUUUAUAUCAACUCCAUGCCUCUCGUCUUUGCAUUCCGUGUUUUGGACGUUUUCUUCUUGGAAGGCCCCAAGGUGCUGUUCCAGGUUGGUCUGGCGAUUCUUCGGGUCAACGGCGAGGAGCUUUUGGAUAUUCAGGAUGAUGGAUCUUUCAUCUCUGUUCUGAAGUCUUACUUCUCCCGUCUGGAUGAAUCCGCGCAUCCCAGAUCGGAGAAUCCGAAGUUGCGGGCCAUCACACGAUUCCAAGAAUUGAUGGUUGUGGCUUUCAAGGAAUUUUCUGGAAUCACACACAGCACCAUUGUCGAACAGCGCGAGAAGCACAAGGACGCUGUUUUGGAGAGUAUUGAAAGCUUCGCUAAGCGUACUUCCAUUCGCAACCUUGGCCCCGAGAGUAAGCGUCUAAGUGUCGACGACCUCGGCACCAUCUAUGAUCGCUUCUACGAUACCUUGUAUCAAUGGCAGCAGCACCAGAGACUCGUCGAGGAAGAAAGAAAGCGACAGGAAAAGAAGAAAUCCGAGCGUCUCUCCACCCUUGGGCCUCCUGCAAAUGCGGAGAUGGGCCGUGUUGGCCUCGGACCUAGUCCCACUCACAUGGACUACGAUGCCUUCAGGGAAUUCUUGGCUGCUACCUCAAAAUGGGCUGUCUCGGACACGCCCGCCGGAUCUCGGAAAGAUUCUCAGGGCUACAGCAGUCUCAGGGGGCCCAACAAGUCACUGCUUUGGGCCAACCGUCGACAACCAGCAGACCACGAGUUUAUGCAGCGCCUGUACCGCAAGUGGUCUACUGACCCCGAGGAAGGCUUGAAUUUGCAGAACGUUGUCAACGGUCUGGCUCGUCUCAAGGGAUCACCGGACAUCAUGAAUAACAUCAACUAUUUCUUCGACCUGUAUGAUGACAGUGGCAAUGGCCAAGUUGACCGAGAGGGGAUUCUCAAAAUUUCCGAGGCACUACUUUUCCUAUCACGCCGUGGGUUCGAGGGCACUAUCACUGCUACUCAGUCCCUAGAAGAUCUGAACGGCAUUAGUGACCGCGAGCAUGCCGAGCAAAACAGACUUACCGUUGACGAGAGGUUUUUGGGUAGUGUCAGCGCGUUCAUUCGUCGCUGCUUCGAAUACGCCGACCCCAGCCACCCUGAGAACCAGAAGGCCGCCAAACAGGAUGGCGCUACGGAAGUCACAGAAAAGCUUGACUCUUUCGCCAUCGGCGACGAUGAAGAAGACUUGAUCGACGUUGACGACAACAAGGAAAAUAAAUCCUCUCCUCCAGAGGCCUCUCAACCAGCAGCAUCCACCGAGGCCGCUCGGCACCGGUCAACAUCCGAAUCGGCCAACCCGGCCCUCGACCCUAACAACCCUCUUCACAUUACCCUCCCAACUUUCCGAAUGGUCGUCCUAGCGGACGAGCUCCUCGAACAAUUCUUCGAGUCCUACUUCCCUCAGUCCUUCCACCUGUCCGACUACCCACAUCCAGCCGCGCUCGCCGCAUCCUCAUCCCUCUCCUCUAACCUCACAACCUUCUCAAAUAUCGGGAGCGCCAAACCUUCCAACGUCACCGCAGCCGGAGCCGUAUCCGUCGCCGGAGCUUCCGGAGGCAUCGUCCCACCCGGCAAAGGUCUCCGCGGAGUCCUGGACAACAUCGUCACAGACGGUAUCCGCAUGGCAGCCGAAGUCAAGAAGCGCAUGGACGAAGCCCAGCGCGACCUUGAACGCAACGCUCUCGGCCGUGAAGAGGAUGACGAAGAGGACGACGAAGAUGACUUCCGCCGUGGCUCCGCUGCCGCCAUGGCCGGUGGUAUCUCCAGCUGGGGCGCAGGCGCAUACGGUGCGGACCCCCAACGCGGCGGCGUGCGCGAUGCCGACCGCGAUCUCCUCGAGGGUGCAGAGGUUGUCAGCGUCCGCGGUAAAGACGAGGCGUCUUCUCUUCUUGAUGUAAAGGAAGGAGCUGACAAGCCUGACACUGGAGGGAACGGGAAUGACAUAUCAGCGCAUGAUGCCGAGGUUGUCAGCAAGGUUGUUGAAUUUGAAUCAUGA